AUGAGUCCUAGAACAAGAAGACAAAAGGCCGCGGUGGCAUCUCAGUCCGAAGAAAGUAACAGAUCGCCCAUUCGGAAUGGCACUGCAGAGAAGCCUUCAAAGAAGAAUGCUUCCUCGUCUGGCCAGGAGGUGAAAGAGAACAUUUUCCUUUUUGCUCCAAACUUGAUUGGGUAUUCACGUAUUUUCCUCGCCAUCGCUUCCCUCUACUACAUGCCGCUUCACCCACGAACCUGCUCGAUCCUCUACAGUGUGUCAUGUCUGUUGGAUGCUCUCGACGGAUAUGCGGCGCGAUACUUCAACCAAUCGACCACUUUCGGCGCGGUGCUCGAUAUGGUGACUGACCGCUGCACUACCGCGUGUCUCCUUGUUUUCCUGAGCUCCGCCUGGCCACGAUGGGCUAUCAUCUUCCAAAGCUUGAUUUCUCUGGACAUGGCCAGUCACUACAUGCACAUGUACGCCACAUUGAGCAUGGGUGGAUCCUCCCAGAGCCACAAGAAGGUCGACCGUAGCAGAAACUGGUUCUUGUACCAGUACUACACUAGCAAGACUGUCUUGUUCAUCUGCUGUGCUCUUAACGAGGUGUUCUUCAUUGGCCUCUAUCUCCUUUCUUUCUCUUCGCCUACCCUCUCCCCCUCUCUCCUGCAGCCUGCUCAGGGUGAGCCUGCCUCUGUGCAACCUGGAAACCCUGCCCAUCCUGCUCCAAACAGCCUUUUCGCUAGCCCCUGGAGUGCCGGUGCUCUGGAGAUGGCCCGAGCAAACAAGAUCGACAGCACCCUUCCCUGGAUCAUUACCGGAAUCUCAGCACCCGUCAUGGCUUUCAAGCAGUUCAUCAACGUUGUGCAGCUGGUCAAUGCCAGUAAGUGGCUGGCCCAGGGUGACCGUGCCAACCGCAAGAAGCAGUAG